UCCGCGGGCACCGCCCUAAAAUAGGGCCACGGCCGCCGCCGCCGGGCAGCACGGGAGACGCGGCCAUGCCAGCCCCUGCCGCGCCCCGCCGCCUGGGCGCCGCCGCCCCCGCCGGCAAGGCCAAGCUCACCCACCCUGGCAAGGCCAUUCUGGCAGGUGGCCUGGCUGGAGGAAUCGAGAUCUGCAUCACAUUCCCCACCGAGUAUGUGAAGACACAGCUACAGCUGGACGAGAAGGCAAACCCUCCCCGCUACAAGGGCAUUGGGGACUGCGUGAAGCAGACUGUCCGUGACCAUGGCAUCCGGGGGCUAUACCGAGGGCUCAGCUCACUGGUAUACGGCUCCAUCCCUAAGGCUGCUGUCAGGUUCGGGAUGUUCGAGUUCCUCAGCAACCAGAUGAGAGAUGAGCAGGGGCGGCUGGACAGCACGCGGGGCCUCAUCUGUGGGCUGGGCGCUGGCGUGGCCGAGGCUGUGGUGGUAGUCUGCCCCAUGGAGACCAUAAAGGUGAAGUUUAUCCAUGAUCAGUGCUCCCCCAAACCUAAAUACCGCGGCUUCUUCCACGGCGUCCGGGAGAUCGUUCGGGAACAGGGACUAAAGGGGACCUACCAGGGCUUAACGGCAACAGUCCUCAAGCAAGGAUCGAACCAGGCCAUCCGCUUCUUUGUCAUGACCUCCCUCAAGAACUGGUACAAAGGGGACGAUCCCAACAAGGUGAUUAACCCUUUUGUCACGGGGGUGUUUGGAGCACUCGCUGGAGCUGCAAGUGUCUUUGGCAACACCCCCUUGGACGUGGUGAAGACCAGGAUGCAGGGGCUGGAAGCUCACAAGUACAAGAGCACCUGGGACUGCGCCUACCAGAUCAUGAAAUACGAAGGACCCCUGGCGUUUUACAAGGGCACGGUGCCUCGCCUGGGCCGCGUCUGCCUUGACGUGGCCAUCGUCUUCGUGAUCUACGAUGAGGUGGUCAAGUUCCUCAACAAAGUGUGGAAAACGGACUGAGGGGGCCGGGCCAAGGCGCCCCAGCCUCCCUCGCCCCCCAGGGCUGCAGCUGGAGAGCCGUGACCAAGCCCGCAGCGGCCCACCAGUGCUGCCCAGGGCCAAGUCUGCCCCACGCGUGUGCCCUCCCCCCAAACCCGGCCACCUUCAUAUUUAGGAACAGGCUCUGGAGCAGGUCAAAUUACUAGUUGUGUGCUGAAAGGAGCAUGGAGGGAGCAAUAUCCCAACAUCCAGACCCCCAGCUUCCUGAUUAUGCCCGUCCUGAUCCCCUGGUGAUAUUUCCCCCUGGUCCCGCAUCACCUGCAAGCACCAGUUAUCCAGGGUGAGGUGUCCCCUGGGAGGGUGGCCGUAUGCCCCCUGGGGGGCAGCUCAUUUUGGGGAUGCUGACGGUCCCCUGGAGCCAUGCGGAUGCAAUGGCCAGGCUGUGCACCAGGCAUCACAGCUGGCAGAGGCUUUUGGGGUCGACUGACAGCUGGGAGCCAUGCACCAGGUUUUGAAGCGGCUCUUGGGGGCCCCUUCAGCCUUGCACCCCCUGGGAUGGGAGGGCAGUGACCCGCCUUUGUGGCCUCAGGCUCCCUCCUCCCUGCUGACACCAAGACCACUUGAGGUGCAGCAUCCCAGCCUCCAGGUCCCACUCAGCUCCAGGCUGCUGGGCAGGCGCUUCCUAAAAUUGCAUAUGCAGCCAGGCCUUUAGUUCUCCUUGCCAUGGGGCUGGGAUUGGGGUGAGCCAGAUGCCCCUGCCACUUGCUGUUUACAGUUGAGACGCGUGUACAAGCCGGGGUGAGGAGACACAGCCCUGUGCCACAGACUUGGCCCCUCGGACAGGGGUGUGAACCCCUUCUUCUGUCACAUUCCCCCCAUCUGCCCUCCUGCCGCCUUGCUGCGGCCCUGCAGGUAAUCCUAUAGCUUUUGGAGCUUCAUGCUGACUCACUAAUGCCCAUGGCCAUGGGGCUGGAGCCCUGCCCUGCAUUGCGCCGGGCUCGGCCCUGCCAGAUUUGUGCCAAACUGCCCGUGAAGGAGCCCGGGGGGGGAGGGGGGGGUCGCAGGAGGCGAGGCUCGCCCCAUCUCUCCUCCCUCCUGUCACCAGUGAUGAACGCAGCCUUAACAUGGCAGGGUGAAGGAGGAGAAAGCAAGCCCAGGCGUGGUUUACCUGCGGCUUUCUGCUCUUAAGCCAUUGAGGGUUGAUUUUUUUUUUUUUUUUUAUUCUGUUUUACAUUUGCAGUUUGAAUAAAAUCAGUCUGGCUUUA